ACGCCACCAAAACAUCUACUUCUAAGAGCCACGCUUUGGAUUCGAAGGGAUAUCAGCGAACUUUUGGGGUACAAAAGAUGUGAGCUCUGGACGCGCAUCAAUGAUCUAAACGUGUGUGAAACCCGCUUGUUUGGGUCACGUGCCCUGUCGAUGAACAGUGACACGUGCAGUGGCGCAACCCCGAAAGUGCAAUCUCGGAUACAAACUUUGAGGCGGCACACACUUUUGAAACCCACCCGAAUCCUACCUGAUGCCCGCGAAGCACGAAAGAGAAGAUUCCGUCGCUGAUGAAGGAAGAUCCGAACAUGAUAGCGCUGCUGAGGUCGAGGAGGUUGCUGGCGCGAGGUCCCGCAGCAGCACGAAAGGUCGCGCUUCGAAUGUGAAGGACGCGUCUGACAAUGGGAAGGACCGCGAAACAGGGUCGGACGAGGAAGACGAAGAGGAUGAAGGCGAGGAAGAGUAUGAAAUCGAACGAAUCAUCAAGCACAAAAUGGGUCACCUUCAAUCGGGCGUCUACGCGUAUUUUGUCAGCUGGAAGGGCUACGGUGAUGAAGAGAACUCGUGGGUUAACGAGACCGACGCCGAGGGAGCUAAGGAGCUCAUCGACGAGUACUGGGAUGCGCGAGGUGGGAGUGCAAAGAAAGGAAGGCAGAGCAUCAGCGCCACAAAGCCGCGACGUUCAACAGGACGGAAGGAUUCAGAGGUGGGACACGACGAUUCUGACGUACCAAAGAAGGCUACCACACCUGCUACGAAACGAGGGCGUGCGUCUAAGGUGAAGUCCGCCAGUCCAGAACUCGUAGAUGAGGAGAUGGAGGAUAUCGAGGAACCGCCAAAGAAAAAGUCUAAGCCUCGUACCUCCACCACCACCACUGCCAGCGCAAAAAAAAAGAGACAAGUCUCUCCUGAGCUUGACACUGAGCAAGACACAACGCCUGUAAAUGCUCUAGCAGAAAAUGGCAUGGAGGACGAUACUGUCUACGAUGCCGAGAAACAGUUCAAGAAAAUGAAAGACUGGACGAGCGAAAUCGAGCGAGUCACAACAGUAGAAAGGGAUUCAUCUGGACUACUGAUUGUUUAUUUCCAAGGAGUUGAUGGUCUCAGAUACAAGGCCACGAGCCCCGUUUUCAGGACCAAAUCAUCAGGAAAGUUGCUCGACUUUUAUGAAUCCAAUCUCAAAUGGCGUCCUCAACAGCCUGAUGAACUGGUUUGAUCAAUGAUUUUCGGCUUCAACGCCCACGGUAUCAUGAACUUGUUUACUACAUUUUCCUGUCACUUGCGUCACCGCGCCAUCUCCCUUCCCUUAUAUAGUAUUGACUUUGAACUGCUUGCAUGUAGGGGAACAUAAAUCUGUUAGCAUAAUUUAUAUUUGUUCUUCCUUUGGCACACGUUUUGAUCACGGAGUGGAAAACAGUUGGAGCUUGGCAACUCGUGCAGCGCCUACCGUCACUUUCAUCAGUCCUAAACUUGCUC